AUGGCCACGCUGAAGAUUGCCGCCAAGGCGAGUCAAUCCACGACUUUUCCCGCCUUGUUGGUGGCUCACUUCACCAAAAUAUUAGAUGAUAAGACCAGUAUCGAUUUUAUCUUUGAGGAUGUUGACAUACUUGAUCCUCUAAAGAAGUCCACUGUUGAAUUGCUUACAGGGUCAGGUGACCCGCUGGUUGGCUCUCAACAGGUCCUGAACAGUCUGUUUGAGAGUAAUCCACUUCUCAGAGGAAAGAAUGAUGAACUCGUCAACGAGUGGUUUGAUCGAUCAACCAAGAUUAGUGCUCCGGACGUCCGCGCAACAGAGGCCCAUCUUUUAGAGCUUGACGCGCAUCUAACACUCCGCUCGUACAUUGUAGACUAUAGCGUGACCGCUGCUGAUAUCGCAGUAUGGGGUGUGAUACGUGGCAGCAAGAUCGGCUAUUCAUCGAUGAAGAAGGGAGCAAUGCUUAAUGUCACUCGUUGGUAUAAGUUCAUUGAAGAAAUCUGUCCUUGGAUAGCAAACGCCAUUCACUCGGCAAAUGCCCAGGCACAAGCACGGACAUCAGCUCAGAGCUCGAAAGGUGCAAGCUACGGGAUCGGACUUCCUGAUACUGACAAGGGGGUUGUAACGAGAUUUCCUCCAGAGCCGUCGGGUUACUUGCAUAUUGGCCACGUCAAAGCUGCUUUGCUUAACGACUACUUUGCUCAUGAGGAAUAUCGCGGAACACUCUUGUGCCGUUUUGAUGAUACCAAUCCAUCAAAAGAGAGAGAAGAGUUUCAGAACGCUAUUGUCGCGGAUCUCGCCCUGAUGGGGGUACGACCGGACAGAACGACUUUCACUAGCGACUACUUUGACGAGUUAUAUGAGUACUGUAUCAGGCUGAUCAAAGACGGCAGAGCGUACGGUGAUGACACCGAGAAAGAAAAGAUGCAGCAUGAGAGAUGGCAUGGCAUCAAGAGCGAGCGGCGUGAUGCUAGCGUAGAUCAGAAUCUUGCGCGUUUUGAGGAGAUGAAAAAGGGGACAGACGAAGGCCUAAGGUGGUGUGUGAGAGCAAAGAUGUCGAUCGAUGAUCCAAACAAGGCUUUACGUGACCCCGUCAUAUACCGAUGCAAUCCGGAGAGGCACCACCGUACGAACGACAGAUGGAAAAUGUAUCCCACUUACGACUUUGCUUGCCCCAUUGUCGAUUCAAUUGAAGGCGUAACCCACGCUCUCAGAACUAUCGAGUACCGGGAUCGAAAUCCUCAAUACGAAUGGAUGCUAAAUGCUCUUCAACUACGAAAAGUUCACAUCUGGGACUUCGCUCGCAUGAAUUUUGUCCGCACCGUCUUGUCGAAACGCAAGCUUACAAAGCUCGUGGACAGAGGCGUUGUCUGGGGAUGGGAUGAUCCUCGAUUCCCCACUAUCCGUGGCAUUCGCCGCAGAGGCAUGACGAUACCCGCUCUUCGUGAGUUCAUUCUCAAACAGGGGCCAAGUAAAAACAUAGUGAAUCUUGACUGGACCUUGUUCUGGGCGACAAACAAGAAAUACAUUGAUCCUGUGGCACCUCGACACACUGCCAUCACUAAGGAGCAUGCCGUCAAAGCUACAGUAAAAGGUGCACGCUUAGCACCGUGGACAGAGGACAAGCCCAAGCAUGGCAAGAAUCCCGAGAUUGGGACCAAAAAAGUGGCGUUUAGUGAGGAAAUUUUGAUUGAACAAGUUGACGCCCAAAACUUCGCGCAGGAUGAAGAGAUCACCUUGAUGAAUUGGGGCAACGCGAUCGUCCGUAAUAUCAAGCACUCCUUCAAUCCACUCCACCUCAAAGAGGUGACCGGCCUUGAACUUGAGCUGCACUUACAAGGUGACGUCAAAACUACUAAACAGAAAAUUACUUGGUUAUCCCAACAAGGACAGGAGCUGAUCCCAAUCGAGCUUGUGGAUUUUGACUACCUCAUCACCAAAGAUGUCCUUGAAGAGGGUGAUGAGCUCGAUGAUUUUCUCAAUGAAAAAACGGAGUUCCGCUCUGAGGCCCUCGCGGACUGUAACGUUGCCGAACUGAAAGAGGAUGAUAUCAUACAAUUUGAGCGGAAAGGAUACUUCCGAGUUGAUCGAGCAUUUCAGCACGGUAAGCCUGCUGUGCUUUUCAACAUACCAACUGGUAAGGGGGCAAGUAAGCAAGGACACCUGAUGAUACCGGCAAAUGGCAAUACUUCAAACAAGAGAAGAAAUGACCAGAGUAUCAACAUCUAG